AUUCAAUUUAUUUUUUAAAUAUGUCUACUGUUACUAACGUUCACGCUCGUCAAAUCUUUGAUUCUCGUGGUAACCCCACUGUUGAAGUCGAAGUCACCACUGCUAAGGGUAUCUUCCGUGCCGCUGUCCCCUCCGGUGCCUCUACUGGUAUCCACGAGGCCGUUGAGCUCCGUGAUGGUGAUAAGUCUUCUUAUAUGGGAAAGGGUGUCCUUAAGGCUGUUGCCAACGUUAUCGACGUCAUUGGUCCUGCUUUGAUCGAAUCCAAGAUUGCCGUUACCGACCAAAAGGCCGUUGAUCAAUUCCUCAUUGACCUUGAUGGUACUCCCAACAAGGGUAAGCUCGGUGCCAACGCCAUCCUUGGUGUCUCUCUUGCUGUCGCUAAGGCUGCUGCUGGUCACAAGGGUGUCCCUCUUUACAUUCACUUUGCUGACCUUGCUGGUACCAAGAAGCCUUUUGUUCUUCCCGUCCCUGCUUUCAAUGUCAUCAACGGUGGUUCUCACGCCGGUAACAAGCUUGCUAUGCAAGAAUUCAUGAUUCUCCCCACUGGUGCUAAGUCCUUCAAGGAAGCCAUGAAGAUCGGUACUGAAGUCUACCAUAACCUCCAAGGUGUUAUCAAGGGCAAGUACGGUCUUGAUGCCACCAACGUUGGUGAUGAAGGUGGUUUUGCCCCUAACAUUCAAAAGAACGAGGAAGGUCUCGAACUUUUGGUUCAAGCCAUUGAGAAGGCUGGUUACACUGGUAAGGUCAAGAUUGGUAUGGAUUGUGCUGCUUCCGAAUUCUAUAAGGAAGGCAAGUACGAUCUUGAUUUCAAGAACCCCAACUCUGAUAAGUCCAAGUGGCUCGACGGUAAGGAGCUUACUGCUCUCUACAAGUCUUUCGCUGAAAAGUAUCCUAUUGUUUCCAUCGAAGAUGCUUUCGAUCAAGAUGAUUGGGAGGCUUGGUCUCACUUAGAAGCCGAAUCCGAGUUCCAACUCGUUGGUGAUGAUCUUUUGGUUACUAACCCUAAGCGUAUUGCCACUGCCAUUGAGAAGAAGGCCUGUAACGCUCUCUUGCUCAAGGUUAACCAAAUCGGUACUGUCACUGAAUCCAUCCAAGCUUCUUUAGAUUCUCAAGCUGCUGGUUGGGGUGUCAUGGUCAGUCAUCGUUCCGGUGAAACUGAAGAUACCACCAUUGCUGAUCUCGUUGUCGGUCUCCGUACUGGUCAAAUCAAGACUGGUGCUCCUUGUCGUUCCGAGCGUCUUGCUAAAUAUAACCAACUCCUCCGUAUUGAAGAAGAGCUCGGUGCUGAUCGUUGUAUCUACGCUGGUGAGAACUUCCGUACCGCUCAUCUUUUGUAAAUAAUUUUUUCUCUCUUGUCUUUGCUACACAUCCCACUUUUUCAUUCAUACAAGAUAAUAGCAUAUUACCCUUUCUUAACCGAAUUUUAUUAACCAAAACUAAAAAAAAUAAAAUUUUCGAGUUGUUUCAAAUAUAACAUAAA